AACACCGCUGAUGAUUUACAUUCAUUGUCGGAACUCGGAAGUUUCGAAAAGUUUUUGGUUAUUCUUCAAGGAAAUCUUUAAUCUCUCUUUACACUUACUGCUCUUUUCAUUAAUUGGUUAUUUGUCCCGAAUUCUUAAGAUUUUAAAUAUUCUUUUGUUCACACCCAUGUUUCGAACUGUUGUAUGCUUUCGAUAGAGCAAUAAGAGUAUUAAAAAGGGAUAAAGGUUAAUUUCAAACAAGGCUGCAGCAUGGCGAAUCUCCUAUUGGACAGAUGAACUGGUUCUCAAAGGAAUACAAUCAAAAGAGCACCAAGGAAAAAUAUUACAUCUUCACAAAUGGAAGAUCAAGUUGGAAUACAAGAAUAUGCCCAGAGAGGAAAAGGAUUUUCAGCUGCUUUGAAGAAAUUGUACUCAGACUGCCAGGUCAUUCGUUUCAGCAUUGUGUUGAGCAAGGUUAUCGGUGACGAGAAUUUAAUUAAAGUUAAUCUCGAUUCAUUCAAAACAAAUGGUUUCAUAAAUUACUAUGAAACUCAGUAUUUUAGAACACGGGCACAUUUGGUUGGCAAACAGCUACUAUUGAGCCAAUGGCAGCGAGCCAUCGAUUUAAUUUUAGAAGAAUUUCAAAGUCAGCAGAAAUUCAAUCAAAUGGAAACUGAACUUCGCUCUUUUAUGAAGAAAGACGCUACAGAUCUCGUUGGUGCAUUAAACACCAUUCCUUUUUCAAUGCGACUUACAUAUAUUCGCGCCUACCAAAGUUUCAUCUGGAACACUGCCGUUUCCAAGCGAAUUGCUGCGUUCGGCAUGAAGCCGAUCCUGGGGGAUUUAGUCAAUGCUCUGGGGAUAGACGAUGAUAGUUGUGAUUUGGGACUUCAAAGCUUUGAGAAAAUUGAUAACUAUAGCAGCAACUCUAGCAACAAAAAUGAUUGUGUGCAAUGCAAAUUCAUUUUCAUUGACAAAAACAACAUCCAUAACUAUACAAUCGACGAUGUUGUGUUACCACUUCCGGGUUACGAUAUAACCUAUCCGAUCAACGAAGUUGCCGAAUGGUACAGAAAUCUUUUACUGGUGGAUGAGCUGACCGAAAUGGAUUUCAAAAGAGAGGCCAAGAAGUAUAGCCUCAAAACAACAUACCGUCGCCUGAUUUCAAAACCAUCAGAUUUGAGUUGGAAAUUCGUACCCUCGAACAGUUCUUCGCAACGACAUUUCCCAAUCGUCUUGAAUCAAGUGGGAAAGACAGAAUUAUUUAAUGCCGUAGUAGAAGACAGCGGUAAACCUAAUACUGAAUCUUCGGAGGAAGAAAUGAAACUAUCUCAGGUUGACACGAGUGCUAUUAGUCAGCCGAAGAAGCAGAAUUCUUCGACGUUCAAGUCGGUGCUUUUAGCGUCUGCAGCAACGGGCAAGAGAAAGCCUAUUUUAUCUCCGCCAGCUGGUUUCGAAAUGAAAUACGAGGACGACACCAAACCGAUGUCAUAUGAAGAAAAAAUACAACUUAGUGUUGGCAUCCAACUGCUUCCAAGUGAUAAACUUGCGCGGGUUGUUCACAUUUUUCGGUCGUUGGAGCAAGUAGACGGACCGAUUCCAGAAGAAGUGGUAGUAGAUUUAGAUAAACUAAAACUUUCAACGCUCAGAGUACUGCAAUUAUUUAUGGCUUCUGACCCAACCACCAAAUUUUGUAAAACAUACGAAGCAAGACAACUGAACAAAGGGAAAAACAAACGAGAGUUGGCGGACACUUUGCGGGAGGUACCAAAAGCAGAUUCACGCAAUAAGGUCUGCAGCAUAGUUACCAAACAAGUCGCAGACGUUGGAAUCGGAAUUGCAUCCAAUGCUGCAAUGCUAUCAAAUUCUAAAGCAGUUGAAUGUCGUUUAGAUGGCAAUUUUGAUCUUGUUGUCGAAUUCAACAUACUGCCUUCGUCGUACGUCACAAUGGCCGUCAGAGAGAUCAUGAAAAUGGAUGUGAGUGCCGUGUUUGGUGGUGGGACUGAAAUCAACAGCAACGAAGAAAUUCCUCAGAGAAACCACCAAAGAAGGGUUUCGAGUUUGAACAAAUCGUUAGUGAAAUCACGUCGUCCAGUGAGUCACCACCGAAACUUAGGAAAAAACGAUUGAAGCUCAGCGCGUCCCAAUGGCGUCCGCCAGGAGUCAGCAAAUCAGCUGAGUAAUGUGAGAUCAGAUAAAUCAAGAAAAGUUCACCAAAUCCCGAUCGAUUUAAAAGUCAUGUCCACUUCGAUUUUUACAGAUUAGUAAUUGUUACUUUCAUAUCUGCUGUGCUCUUCGUCUCUUCUGUUGUUUUUUGUGUGUGUGCAAAUCUUUCUUUUCUCUUCCCUUACCCUAGUUUUUUUUUUUAAGUUCACCAAUUUUUAUAAGCCAGGACGUGUUGUAUUCUUCGUCGAUUAACCUUUAAAGCCAAUCAAAAGUUUUAAGCUCUUUUAGAGAGUAUCCGUUCUAUUAGUGCUUCCGUUCUAUUGGAAUUUAAUUUAAAUUGCACCCUAACGAGUCCAUACUUAAGAAUACGUUAUUAUAUAAUCUUAUUGAUCUCUCCGUGUUGAUGCAAUUCCCCCAAAUAACUUGAUUAAACCAAGCGAUCUUAAAACAAUUGAUUUUUCUUAUUUUUAAGUUCAAUACUAGUUAUAAUACAAAUCCCCAAAAUGUGAAGUUCCCAAAUGAAGGGGUUGUUCGGUCGAAUAGUUGGCUUCCGAAUCAUAGUUUGCUAAAUAAUAAGUGACAUAGUACAUCGUGCAGGUAUUCGAUAUAUCUUGUCUAUUGUUUUCCUGAUGUGCUUGACGUGUUACAACUUGCUUUUAAAUGUGUUAUUGAAGUUAUGGGCUUAAUUCUUGCUACAUUUUUCUUUGUGUAUUGAGCAAGGCUUGUCCCUGUAUUUUUAAGUUCUUUUUUCAGUUUCCUUGUUAUGGGUCUUUUUUCAAGAUUUCUGGUAAAAUGUGGCUCAAUAAAAAAAUAAAACGGAAAGGCAUAAUUUA